AUGUUUGUUAUUUCUUUAACAGAUCGUCCGACGUUCUUCACAUCAAAGAUCGGAGCUAGGAUCAUGCAAGUCCGUGGGUACCACUACACCCGACGCUCUGUCUGCUCCUCCAAAGUCCGAUGGUUGUGCACCGAGAGUCGAGACAGGAACUGCCACGCCGUGGUCGUCACCAUAGGUGAAGGCAUACCGCAGCAGUCUGAACCAGAGGGCAUACUGAUCCCCACGAAAAGUGGCAAGAAAAACCUCCUCAUGAUCAACGGGUACACGUACUGGCAGAAUCACUAUUCCACGAAUUGGCUGUGCUCGUCGAAGAGAAGGGGCUGCGAAGCGCGUCUUAGAAACUGUAUCACUACAGAUGAGUGCGUUAUGAUUCCAUCAAGGUUCGGUAAGAAAAAUCUCCUGAUGCUGGACGGUUACACAUUCUCCCAGGUCAACUAUUCCCCUCGGUGGGUUUGUUCGUCCACACGUACCUAUCAGUGCCCUGCGCGUCUUCGAUACGAAAUAGAUGCGCAGAAGCGCGACGUGCAGUUCAUACCUACGGAAAAGGGGAAAUAUAUAUUGGUGCUCAAAGGCUUCACGUAUUCACAAGUGGGAGGCAGGUUCUUCUACUGUUCUUCGAAGCACACGGGGUGUAGGGCGCGCGUGCGGCUUAUGUCCGGACAGCUUGUUCCUUCGGGGGAUGCACAUAAUCACGCGCCGCCGUCACACGCGCGGUGUGGCAACGGCGCUUUCGUCCAGUUGCGUCCACGCAGCCAAGUUCUCUCACCGGCGCCUACCAUUCUUCCGUCCCCCCUCACAUCUCCCAGCGCAGCCGCACUCGCUCUCCACGCCCUAGGCUUCCCAAGGUUGCUACCCAAAGCGGACAUGUGGCUUCGGACCCCCAAUCCUGAGGAGAAGAAAGACGUUUAA